UAAAUAAAUGUCAACUUUAAAUAAUUGAACCUGCGUUUUUUUAUUAUUGUAUUCCUCCAUAAAAGUUACAAAAGUUUAAAUUUAGGCUACUUCACCUUUUCCGUAUGACAGGCUUUUACGCAUGCGCACGACCCAAACUCAUGGUCUGACGUACGCUCUGUUCCCGUCAGCUAGCAUCUGAGCUGGGUAACUAGCUGCUUUUGUAUUUUACACUAGUGUCGCUUAAUGACGGCUAAGUAUUAAGCAGCUACACUUUUAUGACCCAGUGAUUUUCAACAUCGAUCAUGGACGACGAAAGCCACCCCAGAACACUGUAUGUUGGAAACCUUUCUAGAGACGUUACCGAAAUUUUGAUCCUGCAGCUCUUCACCCAGAUCGGACCAUGCAAAAGCUGCAAAAUGAUCACAGAGAGACGCUCGUGUUGUGAAGGACUUGACGACCGGAAAGUCAAAGGGGUAUGGAUUUGUGUCCUUCUACAACAAACUGGAUGCAGAAAACGCCAUCGUUCACAUGGCGGGUCAGUGGCUUGGAGGACGCCAGAUCAGAACCAACUGGGCCACGCGUAAACCUCCGGCCCCUAAAAGCCUUCAAGACAAUGUUUCAAAGCAGCUGAGGUUUGAAGAGGUGGUGACCCAGUCCAGCCCCCAGAACUGCACCGUCUACUGUGGGGGGAUCCAGUCAGGACUAUCAGAACAUCUGAUGAGACAGACGUUCUCACCGUUCGGUCAAAUAAUGGAAAUCAGGGUUUUCCCAGAAAAAGGGUAUUCUUUCAUCAGGUUUUCCUCCCAUGACAGUGCGGCCCACGCCAUCGUUUCAGUGAACGGAACAUCCAUCGAGGGACACGCAGUCAAAUGCUACUGGGGGAAGGAGUCCACAGACGUGGCAAAGAACCCUCAGCAGUUUGAGUACAACCAGUGGGGUCAGUGGAACCAGGUGUACGGGAACCCGCAGCAGCAGCAGCAACAGCAGCAGUAUGGGCAGUAUGUGACCGAUGGCUGGCAGGUUCCCUCUUACAACAUGUACGGCCAGAGCUGGAGCCAGCAAGGCUUCGGAACUGAGCAAUCGCAGUCUUCAGCCUGGAUGGGGAGUUUUGGAUCUUCUUCAGCCCAGGGAGCUGCUCCUCCUGGCUCCGGGUUGCCCAACAUGGGGAACUUCAGCAUGGCUGGGUAUCAGUCGCAAUAAGACGCUCUCCACCACCUGAAUGGCUGCUGUGGUAAAAAGAGGGCGGGGCCAUGUACACAACGCUUACGGAGCCUAAAGCUGCUCCUGAAACUAUCCGUUCAGCAUUGGUUUGAGGGACAUUUCAUUAACAGAUUCAGAACUCCACCUUUAGUUGUUGAAAAUUCAGAUUUCUUCUAUGGAAAAGUGCUCUUGAACUUCAGAAUAAAAGCCAAACAGUUAGUACAAAAACACGGGAAUGCAUCAACACGAAGUGACAGGAAGAUUGCCCAGUUCACACCGAGUCCUCCUCCCUUUACUUUAGGAGGCAUGACAAAGAAAACCUUUGCUGUUCUUGUACCUUCAUUUUAGUUUAGAGUCUGAAUUUUACACUUCCAGUAAGCUGUGCUGUGUAAACAAACUGGAAUAUCAGGAUAAAAACUCCCAAAUCCGUCAUUUUCCUGACAGUUGCUGUUUCAAAACACAGUUUGCUCUCAUCUUUGACUUAAAUGGAUCACUUCAAUGAAAUUCAUUUUAAUGUUCAUAAAAAUGAGAAUAAACCACCUUUAGAUUUUUCCACCAAACCAUUUUUAUUUUAAAAAGUUUUCCAAAGAUCCAGCAGUGUCAAAAAAACCUGGAAUUCAGUCCUAAAAACUUUAUUAGCAACGACAAUGGCUUCCUUUGAGGAAUAAAGUCUUUGAAGACAGAAGUUUCUCAAAGAGGAAAAAAUGAUCAAGAACUCUAGAUUUGUCAUGAACACAGAGAGCUGCAGCAGUCAGACGUUCACACGCUGCAAUGACAGAUGUUGGGGAAUGAACUCGAUGAGUCUCGGAGGAUGUCCAUGGAGGAGGAAAAAAGACACUCGGCUGUUAAAGUAAAUGGUGAUGGUGGAGCUGGAUUCCAGGAGUUUUUCUCGUUACUUUGGUGGAAGGUCUUCCUCUUAAGGACUUCCUUUGCUGAAGCUCCGAGAGUAAAAAAAGAAAAAUGAGUGAAGUUAAAAGCUAAACUUUCUGUUGUGUUUUUGUUGUUUUCCAUCAGUGCUGCCCUCCUCCAGCUCCACAUUAGUAUCAUUUUGAAUUUUUCUCUUUUAAUGUUUUUCUCUAAAGUGAAAACAAAAGUGCAGAUGUGUUAAAAGUAAAUGCACCCUCUGUCAGUAUCAAGGUUUUAACCUGAAACCAAACCAAAGUUAAGUAAAUACGACCUGUCGCUGUAUUACAUUACAGCAUAUCAGUACAUCUACAAUAGAAUGUUCAUAAAAAGUAAGUGCACCCUGUAUUUAAGUGGUUUAUUGAAGCAAAUUAGAAAAACAUGAUUUAGUCAAUUAGUUUUCAAGCUGGAUUUUUCAUUUCCAGGAUAUUUUUCCCCAAAAUAAUUUUUACAAAUAAGCAAAUCCUAAUUAUAACCCCUCCACUGCCGUGCUUUAUUCCUGGAUUUGUCUUUACACGGUUCUGUUAAAACCUUUAGGUAAAACCUGAGAACUGGAACGGGUGUAUUUUCUUUUCUUGUCCAGCUGUAGUUGGCCUUAAAUCUUUGUUUUGAAAGACAGACGCGUUUUAUUUUCGCUUUUCUUUCUAGUGUCUUUCAGCUCCCAGGUUAGUUAUGAAAAAAAGCUGAAUCCCUGGCAAAGUGUGAUGAGGCUCUCUUUCACUCAGAUCUUAUCUUUGAAAGUCCAUCUCACUUUGAAAUAUUUUUUUUAAUACCCUAAAUAUGAUUUGUGAUUCUUUGAGGCAGGGAAACAAAGCAAAGGUUUGCUUGGUGUGUGUAAAUAGAAACAUUGAUGAUAAAUCUCUGAAACUUUAUGUACAUACUGUAGGUAGAAUGGUAUAAAGUGGUUUGCUCUUCUUAAUUUCUAGAAUAUAAUUUAUGGCCGAGCCUUAUUAGUUGGUGAAGUCCCAUCUUUGAGGUGUUUAAAGGAGGUCCGCUCUCAGAUCCCACCGUGUCCAGCUGGACUUCCCGUCUGUGUUCUUGUGCCAUUUCCGGGUGUGGCUGAAGCUGGAGUUUACGAUGCGUCACCUAAACACUGAAUGUAACGCCCGUCUGCUUUUAUGUCCGUAAUCUGAACAACAGGAAGGAUGUUUGAUGAUAAAUGAAUUAAUCACUUUUCCAUUCAAUGGAAAAAGUCCCUUGAAAUAAAGAAACGUUUGUA